AAAAGAAGAUAAUAUACAACUGUAAUGAAUUAUAGAGCAGUAAUAAAGUUGUAGCUAUAGAGUCACAUUUUAUGUCCUACCUACAUUUAUAAAUAACACAUGAAGAAUUACAUUUCUUUAUUUUAUUUUCUUUAAAAAAAAUAUAAAUAUAUAUUCUUAUUUCUUAUUUCAUUCUUAAUCUUCUUCUAUUAUAUCAUACAUAUAUAUUUAUUUAUAUACAAUUACUGAUCAAAUGGAAAAAAAACUGAUUUCUAAUAAAGAUGAAAGACGAAACAUCCUUAAUGAACUUGAUCAAUGGAAUGUUGGCAUAUCACCUAAUGGAAAAUUAGCAUCUUUACCUUGUUUCGUACACCAAGCAAUACCCGAAAUAAUCUUAAACAGUAAUCAACACGAAAUAUUACUACCUACAGCAAUUACAGCAAGAUCAGAAUGGACGAAAAAUUUAAUAGGACAAUCAAGAGUAUCAAAUCCUUAUGAUGAAAUUACACUGAAAUCGUUAUCAAUAUGCAAGUAUAUGUUUAUAGAUCAUGUUCGAGAAUCAAGCAGCAAGGGCUUGUUGACGAUAAAAAAUAAUUCAUGUUACUAUCAUCAUGUAAACUAUUGUAAAAUUAAAGCACACGUAAAGAUAGACAAGAUUGCAAGGUUGACUACGGAUUUUGAGGAUGAAUUAAAUGAAGCUCAAGCACACUGGCCACAUCACUCACAGUUAUCGUGGGACAAACUUAAUCAGAUUUGGAAUAGAUACGGCUUUUUGUGGCCAGAAAAAUUGUAUUUAGGUAAGACAUAAUAUUUAUUUAGAACUUGCAAAAUUAACUUCUACUAAAGACUAUAGAAAUAAAGAAGAAAGAUCAAAUAGCUCAAACUUGUAUACUAAAUUA